AGUGAGAGACAGCGGGUUUUGGAGAGGGAGAAACUUUCAUAAGUUUCUCGCGCAAGCUCCUCCUGCUGAUGCGCCUCAAGUCAUAAUAUAUUGACGCCUGAACUAUGGAGCGACCCGGGGAGACAUUUACAGUGAGUUCACCUGAAGAAGUUCGCCUGCCAUCUGUUCACCGGGACAACUCGACGAUGGAGAACCACAACAAGCAGGAGACUGUCUUCAGCCUGGUGCAGGUGAAGGGGACGUGGAAACGCAAAGCAGGGCAAAAUGCCAAGCAAGGAAUGAAAGGACGAGUUUCACCGGCUAAAAUUUACGAAAGCAGCUCCUCUAGUGGCACUACCUGGACAGUGGUCACCCCCAUCACCUUCACAUAUACUGUUACUCAGACCAAAAACCUUCUUGACCCCAGCAAUGACACUCUGCUUUUGGGCCACAUCAUUGACACUCAGCAGCUUGAGGCCGUACGGUCCAACACCAAACCCUUAAAACGCUUCAUAGUCAUGGAUGAGGUAGUGUACAAUAUCUAUGGUUCUCAGGUCACCGAAUACCUCGAGGCCAGAAAUGUCCUGUACCGGAUCCUGCCCCUGCCCACGACAGAGGAGAACAAGUCCAUGGAUAUGGCCCUGAAGAUCCUGGAGGAGGUGCACCAGUUUGGGAUCGACCGGCGCACGGAGCCCAUUAUCGCCAUUGGAGGGGGCGUCUGCCUGGAUAUCGUGGGUCUGGCGGCGUCGCUUUACAGAAGACGCACUCCAUACAUUCGUGUUCCCACCACUCUACUGUCCUACAUUGACGCCAGUGUCGGAGCCAAAACAGGUGUCAAUUUCGCCAAUUGUAAGAACAAACUUGGCACCUACAUCGCACCUGUUGCUGCAUUCCUGGACCGGUCGUUUAUACAGAGCAUUCCUCGCAGGCACAUAGCUAACGGUCUUGCAGAAAUGCUGAAGAUGGCUCUUAUGAAGCACAGAGGGCUGUUUGAACUCCUGGAAGUGCACGGACAGUUCCUCUUAGACUCCAAGUUCCAGUCUGCUUCAGUCCUAGAGAACGACCGCAUUGACCCUGCUUCUGUCUCUACACGUGUCGCAAUAGAAACCAUGCUAGAAGAGUUAGCCCCAAACCUGUGGGAGGAUGAUCUUGACAGACUGGUUGACUUUGGGCACCUCAUAAGCCCUCAACUAGAGAUGAAAGUCCUACCAGCUCUUCUCCACGGUGAAGCGGUGAAUAUUGAUAUGGCCUACAUGGUGUAUGUGUCUUGUGAAAUUGGAUUGCUGACAGAGGAGGAGAAAUUCAGGAUCAUCUGUUGCAUGAUGGGACUGGAGCUGCCGGUGUGGCAUCAAGACUUCACAUUUGCUUUGGUGCAGAAGUCUCUGUGUGACAGACUUCAGCAUUCUGGAGGCCUCGUGAGAAUGCCUUUACCAACAGGCCUCGGAAGAGCAGAAAUCUUCAAUGACACUGAUGAAGGCUCUCUGUUUAGGGCGUACGAGAAGUGGUGUGAUGAGCUCAGCACUGGGUCACCUCAAUGAAACCACUUCAAAAACCUGACACCGAUGUUUACUCUUAGCUUUACCAAUUAAUGCUCAUGUAUUAUUCUUUAGACUUUGAAUUUCUUCUCAACUUGUACACAUCAUGGGCAUUUAAGUGUUUUACAUUUAAAACAAUUGCUUUUCAUUACUGCAAAUGCCAUUUUUGUAUGGCUGCGAAUAGAAGGAGGACUUGAUAUGUGAAGAUCUUUCUUUAGCUUUGUUAAAGGGUUUCUUUGCCAGUAUUUCAUACUGCAUUAGAUAAAGGGACAUUUCGGUUAAUAGAGAGAUCAUGUAUUAAAAAUGUUACGAAGUCUGCUUAAUGUGUUUAAUGUAAUGCAUGCAGGUUUAUAAUAAACAACUCAUUUAUUAACAA